AUGGAGACUAUCCCAGGAGACGAAAAAGUUUUUAUAGGAGGAGACUUCAAUGGACAUAAGGCUUGGAAGGAGAUAGCUAUGAGUCAGUCCAUGGUGGCUUUGGUCUAUGUGCGAGAAACGAGAGUGGAGAACAACUCCUUCAAAUAUUUAAGAUGCAAUUCUAGUGGCAAUGAGCAAGGUGUUGUUCAAGAUGUGACAAUCGGAGAAGAUAUAGUUGCUAGUACGAAAAAGUUCAAGUAUCUAGGGUCGAUUAUCCAAAGUAAUGGGGAGAUUGAUGGAGAUGUUACGCAUCGUAUACAAGUAGGUUGGCGUAAGUGGCGAGCGGCUACCAGAGUGUUAUGUGAUAGGAAGUUCCUAAUUAGACUGAAAGGUAAAUUCUACAGAGUUUUCAUUAGACCAGCUUUGUUGUAUGAGACAGAGUGUUGGCCCGUUAAGAAGUUUCAUGAACAAAAGAUGGAAGUAGUAGAGAUGCGUAUGCUGAGGUGGAUGUGCGGUAACACAAUUAUAGAUAGAAUCAAGAAUCAGGAGUUUAGAGAGAAGGUGAAAAGUUUCCAAUCCUCAACUAUAAAGAUCGCAUCACAUUUCUUGCUUUCACUUUAUCAACAUUUGUCAAAGUGUUCGUUUCUUGCUGGGAGUACUUCCUCUCUUCUCAAACCUAAGGCCGUUCAUGAGGGUAAUUUUAAGUCAAAUUUCAUGUUGGUCGGUGGUGGAUCUUUUAGUUGA